AUGGCAGCCACGACGAAAAGCUCAACAGACUCCAACGGCCAUUUUUCACCCUAUCGAGUCGAUGGAAAACUCUACGGGUUUGUAUGCAUAGUAACCGGUGCCACUCAGCCCGUAGGAAGAGCCAUAGUCGCGGAAUUGGCAGCUCAUGGAGCCGCUUGCGUCUACGCCUGCUCGUCAUCUUCCCUCGACGAUCACGCUGGGUUACCAGAUACCAUCAACAAGGAGUUCCCCAACACCAAAGUCAUCCUGUACCCUUUCAAAAACUCAUCCGAAGAGGAGACUUUGGCUCUCAUUGACGACGCCCUAAACGCCUGGGGCAGACUCGACGUGUAUGUCAAUUCAUCAGGAUUGUUAGGCCCGCUCAGUAUCUCCGACACGACGCCUAGUGAUGUCUACAAACUCUUCGAGGCGAAUUCCAUGGCUCCCUUUUAUGCUUUGAAAUUUGCACCCGCUGCUAUGAAGAAGACAUCUCCAAAGGGCAGCUAUCCAAAUGCCACGCCAAAGGAACACGCAUAUGGAAGUAUCAUCGUUGUGGCAAGUAUAGCGAGCACUAUUGGAGGUUGCUGGGGCCCAGCGUUCACAAUGAGUAGCCACGCCGCUCUGGGCGUUGUGAAAGCGGGAGUCGUCUCUCUGAAAGGUUCUGGUGUACGAAUCAAUUGCAUCUCGCCAGGACAGAUCGAUGUCGGAGCGAAUCUUGAGAGAAUCGAUCGCAAGGGACAGAAUUCUCAGCUACCUCCCUCAAGCCUGCAUUCUGACGAGACGAAGAAGCAGACUAUUGGUCUUGAGCGUGCAGGUCUGCCAUAUGAGGUUGCUAGGGUGGCGGGAUUUCUGGCGAGCGGGUUCUCAAGCUACAUGACUGGAGCAAACAUGGUUGUGGACGGUGGAAGUUCUGUGAUGAAUCCAAUGACUGUUCCAUUGAUAUAA